AUGGAAGAAGAAGUCGGAAAGCUGCACAAGAGUUCCUACGUGUGGGUGCUGAAAGACUACUCCCGUCACAAAGCACGGCUGGGCGCAGGCCAGGCCGUCGAGAGCCCUGAAUUCACGGCGGGAGGCCACCGCUGGGCUAUCUUGUUCUACCCCAACGGCUUUGACCCCGAUGCCCGGAGCCAAGGCUACGCGUCCAUGUACUUGUCCCUGAGGAGCGUCGGCGCCGGCGCCGGCGGCAACGGCAACGGCAACGGCGUCCAGUUGCUCUAUUAUUGGAACCGAGUAGACAUGGUCAUAGGCCGAUCCAACUUGUCGGUUCGGGCCGAACCGACACAAACCAGCCCGUUGACCAUGGGUCUUGAACUGGCCUAUGGUUUUGACCAAUUCGGUUCAUGUACAAUACUUUAUAGUUUAUACAUUUUGAACCGGCUGUUUCGAUUCCGAACUGGAACCCGAAGCCGAGGUUCAAUCGUGUUACCUCGGGGCUCGGAGUCACUGUUGGUCCCGCUCACUUGUUGGCGCCGACCGGACCGCUCGAUCCUUGAAGCUCGAAGGUCUCGAUUCCUCCGUUCUUCGCAAUCUCCGCACUCGCACACCGAUCUCGCAAUUGCCGACGCCAGAUGGAAGAUGUCUCGUUUCGUAGAGGCUUGA